AACUCGUUUAGACGUUAGAUGUCGCAUAGAAGUUGACCUAGAUCCAGAGAAGAUGUCUUCUGCAAUGUUUUCGUUUCACUUUUUGUUUCUGCUUAUCGCAGCUUUAUGUGUACUUGCCCAGUCACCGAAACGAAGAUUUGAGUAUAAACUAAGUUUUAAAGGACCCCAUCUUGUGCAGAGAGAUAACAGUGUUCCGUUUUGGGAAUAUUUUGGAGAUGCACUUGCUGGUGAUGAAGGUAUAAGAAUAACUCCAUCUUUAAGAAGCAAAAAGGGUUCAGUUUGGUCAAAGAAUAAAUUAGAAAGCAAAGGAUGGGAGAUAGAAGCUGGAAUAAGGGUUACAGGAAGAGGCAGAAUUGGAGCUGAUGGCAUGGCUAUCUGGUUUACUGAAAGUCGAGCAUCCACUACUGACAAUCAAGCUGACAAUGUGGUAUUUGGGGCUGCUGACAAAUGGAAAGGCUUAGGUGUAUUCCUCGACUCAUUUGAUAAUGAUGGACAGCACAACAACCCUUACAUCAUGGCUGUGGUUAACGAUGGUUUAAUGUCCUAUGAUCAUCACAGCUUGGAACGUACUAUGAGUGAUGGCAGUACUCAAAAUUUAGGAGGGUGCUUAAGAGAUUUCCGAAACAAACCUUUUCCUGUCAGGGUGAAAAUUGAAUAUUACAACCAGCUUCUUACAGUAAGAGUUCACAAUGGACUGACAAACAAUCAAAAUGACUUUGAAAUAUGUAUGUCUGUAGCCAAUGUUGUGUUACCAGAAUCUGGCUAUAUUGGAAUCUCAGCUGCUACAGGAGGUCUAGCUGAUGAUCACGAUGUUCUUUACCUGCUGACACACUCUCUUCAUGACCCCACUGUGGACACAAACCAAGUCUCAGAUGAUGAAAGGGCCAAAUUUGAAAAAGAAUUUCAACAGUAUCAAGAAGAACUAGAUAAAGCUAAGCAGGAUUAUCAAAAGGAACAUCCAGAUCAAAAGUUUGAUGGUUAUGAAGAAGGAGAUGAUCAAUGGUAUCAGUCUCAGAAUGAAAAAGAGAUGAAACAGAUCUUUGAUGGCCAAAAUAUCAUUAAUAAUGUCUUAAGAGAGGUCAAUAGAAAAUUAGAUGAGUUAAUGGGACGUCAGGAAAUGGUGAUAUCAAGAAUCAACUCUAUGCCAGUUGGACAAGGGCAGCCAGCUCAAGUUGGGGGAAGUCAGCAAGUUGCUGCAGGAAGUGCCAUCCAAAGACAUGAGGUCGACAGACUCAUUAACAAUCAAAACUCUUUACUACAACAACUAGGAGACUUGAAAUAUGUUAUCAAUGAUAUACAGCAAAAAACCAACACUAUUCAGAGUCGUGCUGGCAGUACAGGUGGCGGAGUGCCUGAUCAAAUGGCAAUGCAUGAGAUCAAAGAUAAAGUAUCUGGCUUAGGGAAUGAUAUAAAGUUGUUGCUAAAUAAACCUCAGGCUAAUCUACAGUGUCCUCCACCAUCAUCUUCUAAUGGUUGCUUAUCCUCUACUUUUUUCUUGGGAGGCCUAAUAGUUCAGUUCAUUCUAACCAUUGGAUAUAUGGUUUAUAGAUCAAAUAAAGAAGCACAGGCCAAGAAAUUCUACUAAUACUCUAGUUUUAAAAUUGUUACAGAAUUUAAUCUGAUGAGAAUGAUGAUACUGAUUUUUGUGAGAGCUUUAAAAAAUGUUUUGUCACAAAGUUGGUUUCAAACCUCAAAGUUGGUGAAAAUGAACUAACUCUUAUAUUGUUUGUUGCAUUUGUUUCCUAAAGAGUCAUUUUUGUGUAUUUGCAUAAGUUAUGGAAGUGUAUUUUUGCUCUGUAAUUAAAAAAAAAGAUAUAUUUUGUAAUUGUCAUAAAAGUUUCAACUACGUUUAUCGCUUUCCGGUCUUAAAUUAUUCUUAUAAUAAGAGUAUUAUCAUGUAAUUUUUUUUUACUAAGCUGAACUAAGUAUUGUCCUUAAAGAACUAGUAUGUUAUAUUGUUAAUGUAUUUUAAUUGAUGAGUGUGAAAUUUUAAGAGGUCAGAACUGAUCUUUGACAUUGCUGCCUAGGCUUGAUUUAUUUUAUAUCAAACAAUAUUUUUAGUUUUAAACUAUUAAAAUGAUAAUACUUUUAUCUAUAUUCCAUACAUAGGAAAUAGCUGUAAAACAUUGUAAUACAUCAACAAGCCUGCUUUUAUUGUAACAUGUCAAGAGUCAUUAUUGAGAGUAAAUUAUCACAUCUUUUCAUGUGUCCAUUCCUUUCUUUGACCAUUUCUUGUCUUGUUUCUAUUCUUUUUUCUUAAUAUGGGCCUGUAGGUUACUUUUUUAAACUUUUUCUUGUAAUUUUUAAGUAUUUAAAUUUGUUUUAAAAGUGAAUAUGUAUAAUACAGCAAUAUAGAUCUUACCAAACCUUUUAAUAUUAUCAGAGUAUUCUUCUUAGUUAAAUCACUACUUGAAAUAAAUUGAUAAUCAAGCCAGAUUAUAAAUACAUUAUAUGUGUUAAUCAUUUUAGCUAUUUUAAAAUUUGAGUUUAUCUGAUGCACUAAUGACAAAUACAUUGAGGAAAUGUAUAAAUGACCUUAGUUAAUUGGUCACCUUCAGGCGUGUUACAUUUAGGUGAUGUUGCGUUCACUAUUUUAAAUCAAGGUAUUUGUAUUGGUGUAGUUUUUCAAUAAUUUGUAGUUAGUAACAUUAGUGUUUUGUUAAAGCAUAGGUCAUUUAUCACAAUUUUGUUGUUUGACAUGUGACUUUGACAUAGGCUAUAUUGUACUGUUGUUCUUCCAGUGUGAGAAAACAAUUAAGUGACAAUAUAUGUAUGGUUUUAUGCAGCUAUAGGUAUUCAUUCCAUUUGUCUGUAUAUCUGAUGAAAUAGGCUUAAAAUACAGCUAUAAAAUAAAGAUAAAACUUUCAUAGGUCAUGUACUUGUAAUGAUUGGUUGUUGGGCAGAUAUGAUUGUUGCAUUAUUCUGAAUGAAAAAAAAAAAUGUUAAUACAAAUGAACUGUGUAAAUCUUAGGGUUUCUGCUAUUCACUCAACAAAUUGGUCUGUAUGAGAUGAAUGGUACUUUAACUGUACAAGAUAUAAAAAAAAUUGUUGCUAAAUGGUGCUUUGUUAUUGUGGUCCUUUAUAGUAUGUACAUCCUAUUGUGUUACAUUUCCAUUGUUUGGUCAGUGUUCAUAUUGUAACAUACACAUUUUAGAUUUUUUUUUAAGCUUUAAUGUUGGGUUGCCACCCAUCCCUUUUUAUCAUCUAGUUAGCCUGACCAUUUUUUUUUCAUGCUAGAAAAACAAGUAACUUAUUUUCUCAACUGAAACUCUGUGAUUGUUACAACAAACUUGAUAUUCUAUGAAAUGUUGCUGUGAAAAUUAUUUAUUAACUUAGAUGUCUGUGGCUGUACGUGAAAUCAAAAUUCAAAUUGUAGUAUUUUAUCUACAUUGCUCUACAGAAAUCAAAACAAUUUAGAUACAUUGUUAUGACUAAUACUUUAUCAGCUUAAAUCAAAGGUAAGCAGAGUGCCAGAUACAUUUCAUACCACGCUGGCAUUAACAUGAGAAUAUAUUAUACAUCAGAGAAAUUACUUUAAGUUGCUGCAUAUGUAAGUUGUUUUAUUUUUAUCGUUUUUUUUGUGAGCAACUUGUGGUGGUGGGACCUGCUGUACUCAAUAAAACAUCACUCAUUGUCUGAAUCAGUGAAACAUA